AUGACAUCCUCCGCCCCCCAAGACGCCUCCGCAAGGACCCGUGCAACUUCAAAUGCCUCAUCGGGCAAGCCGUUGCACCUAGAAAUGCCAGAGCCGCGUUUCCUGUCUAUUGUUCCUUCUGAUCGCGAUGGCUCUUCUCCAGAUGAGCAACAAGACGGCACUCCAAUGCUUGAAGAGGAUGCACAUUCAGUUGUUGGCGUCAGCAUUAACAGAGCCCAGACAAGACUGUUGUCUCCUCAGACACCCGCUGCGGAAAAAGCUGCGGCCAUGGGAGGCUUGGACAAAAUCGGCAUGUUCGACGGCGCUGCCGAUGACAAUGGAUAUAGUCAGGAAGAUGCUGGUGUGAAUGAAGAGCCAACGACUCCUCGUCAUUCCUCUGAGGAACCCUUCACAUCGACGAACAGACAACACUCCGUCACCCUUCCUUCACCAUGGAGAGCGGAGCCCCAGCCGUUCGAAAAAUUGAAGACACAUGGUCAAGAUCACCAGGCAAUCGGACCUACAAGCAUGCUGGCAGAUCUGAAUGCCAGGCGCUAUCUUUCGAGCUUCAAUCUCCCAUCUCUACCCAAGACGCCAAAUUUCAGAGACAUCUCGAUCCCCAGCCUUUCCUCAAUACUUAGCAAUACCCGGUCGCGCUCCCCAAUACACAGAGAUGCAACGAGGCAGAAAAGAGCCAGUACCUUUGCUGAUAUGAAGUCAGGCUUCGGCUUUUGGAAUCAACCCGAAAGGCGGCCAAGUGGUGACCUUGCGAAGGGACAAGAUGACACAGCACCCAGCUUGUCGUCCGAUGGAAACACAAGCCUGAAACCGCAAUCAAAUGCGCGCCGGAGCCCAACCCCUAGUACGAGGGGUCGAAGGGCAUCGUCUGAUAAGAUCGCCCUGUCCCCCCAAGAGUCACGAUUACAUCGGUCCACUUCUGAUCAGUCUCUAAUGCUUCGCAGAGCUACCUCUAUAGGUUCCUCGCUUGGCGACGAUAGUAGAUGGGAGAAUGUACAGGAUCAGGUCAACAGCAGGAUGAAGGCGAUAAAAGACAGCUUUCAGGACUCUAGCAUCAGACUACCAAGAAUGCCGAAUGUAUCUACCCUUAAUCUUGACUCUUUUCGCCCAGAUUUCACAAGGCCUCGGGCUCAGAGUGAAGCCAAAAGCCCAAUGCAAAUGACGAAUGGAGAAGCAACUGCGGAUGCUAGAGCCCAUGUAAUGCAUGAUACAGCGCCUCAAGGCCUACAACUGUUGGGCAACGGCACCCUAAUGGAUAAAAAGCCAAAAUCAACUCAUCCUUACCUGGAGCAGGCUCUCGAACAUCUGACAGGGGAUCUGGUAGUUAUGGGUGGAUAUCGAGGAUCUGUACUGCGAUCUGCAAAGCCACCUAAUCGUCAGCUAUGGGUUCCUAUCAAAGUCGGUCUUAACAUUCGCAAGGUUGAUCUAGAAGUGGGACUCCAGCCAGAAGACGAAGAGAACAUGAAAGAUCACAUCUAUGCAUCAGGCAUGCUGAGUCACAUCGGUCCUGUCGAUAUGGGGAGACGCCUUCUGAAGCGAUUACGGGCUUGCAAAAAUGCUCAAGAUGGUACCUUACGGGUACAUGACUAUGGCUAUGACUGGAGAUUAAGCCCACAUCUGCUUAGUCGGAGGCUCAUCGAAUUCCUCGAAAGACUGCCAUCCAAUGCGGAUGCUGUGCCUGACCACAAACGAGGAGCGAACAUCCUCGCACACAGCAUGGGAGGGCUGAUCACGCGACAUUCAGUCAAUCAACGACCCGAGCUCUUCAGGGGCGUGAUAUUUGCUGGUGUUCCACAACACUGUGUCAACAUUCUUGGGCCUUUACGGAACGGAGAUGAAGUACUUCUAAGUUCAAACGUUCUUACUGCACAGGUCAAUUUUACACUUCGAAGUAGCUUUCUUUUGCUGCCAGAAGAUGGCAAAUGCUUUAUCAACAAGGCGACCAAGGAAGAGUACCCGGUAAACUUCUUUGACGUGGAACAUUGGAAGCAGUAUGCCUGGUCACCUUGCAUAGCUCCUGCGCUGCCUGCUGCACAUCCUCCUGAGAACAAGGGUCUCUUGGGCUCAAUGGCUGACAUGCUUAACUCCUUCCCUUCCCUCGCAUUGCCAGGCAGGAAAUUAUCCGUCUCUCGUUCACGAGACGACAAAUCCCCUCUCGCAGAUGCCGCCAACACUGCUUCCACCAAGGUCAAUGACAUCGCAAACGCUUCAUCCGCCCGCUCUCUCGACCCUCAAAUGGGACCAUCUUCCUCUCUACCUAAAAAUGGCAACGCUCCUCAGAGCACCAUUCCUCUCCCUGACGCUCUCGCCUAUCUCCAACGCACGCUCGACCAGACAGUAGCGUUUAAGUCGGAGAUGGCCCACAAUUCGGACCAUACUUGCAAGAAUCGCUACCCUCCCUUUGCGAUUCUCUACGCCAACAAUACCCCAACCGUGGUGGCCGCUCGCGUUGCUUCCCGUGACGGGAUUAGACGCGCGGAUGCGUAUGAAGACUUGCAAUUUGCGAGUGGCGAUGGUGUCUGUCUUGCUCGGGCAGCUAUGUUGCCUCCAGGGUACGUCUGUGCAAAUGGUGGGAGAGUGAGGACAGAGAGGGGACAUGUGGGCUUAUUGGGCGAUUUAGAGGCGGUGGGGAAGCUUUUGACGGCUGUGGUUGAAGGGAGGAGGAAUGGGACUGGGCUGGGAUUGGAGACGAGGGGGAAUUGA